AAAUCUGCUUACAGCAUCUCCACCACUAACAAACUCCUUCUCUAUCUUCUUUCUCACCUCCACUCUCUCUCUAUCUACGGCGGCCAUGGAAGCUCCGGCAAGAGGAGACGAAGAGUCCUCAUAUAUCAUACCACUCUUACAUAACAUUGACAUAAAACAACAGAGUAUUUAUAGAUCUAAUGAUAGUCAAACUGACGAAGAAGAAGAAGGUAACACCUCCUUCUUCAAAACCUGCUUCAAUGGUCUCAACGCCUUAUCAGGAGUCGGAAUAUUAUCGGUUCCAUAUGCGUUAGCUUCAGGAGGAUGGUUAACAUUAGGCCUUCUCUUUAUAGUGGCCAGUUCAACAUUCUACACAGCUUUACUAAUCAAAAGAUGUAUGGAUAUAGAUCCGAGCAUUAGAACAUAUCCCGACAUCGGCGAAUUAGCAUUCGGUAAAAAGGGAAGAUGGGUUGUUUCCAUUUUCAUGAACAUCGAGCUUUAUUUGGUUGCUACUGGUUUUCUAAUUCUAGAAGGUGAUAACCUUCAUAAGUUGUUACCAAACGUGGGUAGUUCUCAGAUGUUCAUUAUCGCGGUGUCUGUUAUCAUACUUCCGACGGUUUGGCUUAAUAUGAGUAUCAUGUCUUAUAUUUCAGCCGGCGGGGUAAUUGCUUCCGCCGUGAUUCUGUUUUCAGUGAUCUGGGUUGGAGCUUUUGAUGGAAUUGGAUUUCGUAACAAUGGUGUUCUUUUGAAUUGGAAUGGAAUAUCCACUUCUUUGAGUUUAUACGCUUUCUGUUACUGUGCUCAUCCUGUUUUCCCCACUUUAUAUUCUUCAAUGAGAGAUAAGAAUCAAUUCUCAAAAGUUCUUUUAGUUUGUUUUUCUCUUUGCACGAUUUGCUACGCAUCAAUGGCGGUUUUUGGGUAUCUAAUGUUUGGUUCAGGUGUUGAAUCUCAGAUUACUUUGAAUCUUCCAACUGAUAAAAUAAGUUCGAUGGUGGCUAUUUACACUACUUUGGUGAAUCCGAUAUCGAAAUAUGCUUUGAUGGUAACUCCGAUUAUGAAUGCGAUGGAGAGACGGGUUCAAGAUUUGUAUGGGAAAAAAGUUUCGAGAGUGAUGAUUAGAAGUGGUUUGGUGAUUAGUACGGUUGGGGUGGCUUUAUUGGUUCCUUCUUUUGGAGAUUUGAUGACUCUUGUGGGAGCUUUCUUGAGUUCUUCGGCUUCUAUUGUUCUUCCAUGUUUGUGUUAUUUGAAGAUUUCAGGUGGGUAUGGAAGAAGAAGAAUAAGAACAGGGGUUGGAUUUGAAACUGUGAUUAUUGUGGGAAUUGUUAUAAUGGGUAUUUGUAUUGCUUUUGUUGGUUCUUAUGUAGCUAUUCAACAGUUAUUAUUUCAUAUGUAAGCAAAAUUAUUAUUCACAAAAUAAAACACUGUUUCUCAGUGUU